AUGAUCAUGCAGCUUCUAAAGCAGGUCAAGUCUUUUAAUGGUGUCAUUAAACAGUAUUCUCAUGAAAGUACGAGUACAAAAUGUAUCAUGAAGUUCAGUAUCUUCUUACCACCUUGUGCAAGUGACAGUCAUAAGGUUCCCGUUCUUUUGUAUCUACCAGGACUUGCGUGUAACGAUGAAUUAGUAUUCAUUAAAGCACCUGAAGCACAAAAAGUAGCAGCUAUUCGUGGUAUUGCAAUUGUUACGACUGAUACUAGUCCACGUGAUGUAAAUAUACCGGGAGAUCAAGAUAAUUGGGAUUUUGGAACAGGUGCUGGAUUUUAUCUUGAUGCAACGGAACCAAAAUGGGAUGAACAUUAUCGUAUGGAUUCCUACGUGACAAAGGAAUUACCAGCACUUUUGAGUACUCAUUUUCCUAUUAUAAAGGAUCAACAAUCAAUUAUGGGACACUCAAUGGGUGGACAUGGAGCUCUUGUACUUGGCAUACGGAAUCCAACACAAUACAAGUCGAUCUCAGCAUUUGCACCGAUUUCACAUCCAAGUCAAUGUCCAUGGGGUAUUAAAAGUUUUACGGGCUAUUUAGGUGUCGACCAGGAAACGUGGAAGGAAUAUGAUGCGACACAGCUUAUUUUGAGACAUGGACCAAUUCCUUUGCCAAUUCUGAUUGAUCAGGGACGUGAGGAUAAUUUUUUGCAUGAAAAACAGCUUUUACCUGAGGCUUUCGAAGCAGCAUGCAAUUCAGUGGGCCAAGAAUUGACGCUCCGAAUGCAGGACGGAUACGACCACAGCUAUUACUUCAUUGCUUCGUUUGUAGAAGACCAUGUCAACUAUCACGCCGACGCUUUACUUCAGUAA